AUGUCAACUAUUUUGCCUUAUUUGAUAAAUAAAACCAAUAACAUUUUAUUGUUAAGAGGAGAUGUUGGAAAACCCAAACCAUCAAUAUAAGAAUUGCCUGAUUCCAGUUAUUGUUAUGGUAAAAAAGUUAAUAGAGAUGGAAUUGGAAUGAAAGAAAUUACUUCGGAUUGGUAAUAUGGGAACAGUAUGCAUCAUAAAAAGUCGAAAACUGUAAAAUUACCAGAUGAGAGUUUUGUUUAUGGACUUAAAAACAAGUAACCAAAUAAUAUUAGGAUAGACCUUCAACACCUUUUGGAAAAGUUAUUAAUAUGAAAUAUGCAAAUGAAGCAACAGAACUUAUUGAAAGUAUUUAUAGAAUGAGAAGUUAAAGAAUAUCAAAGAAAUAGGUCAUCUAAAAGAACAGAUCAUAUUCCUUAAGAUUAGAACAUAAUACAAAAAAAAAAGAAGAAGAACAUAGAGAAUUUAAGAUUAAGAGGUUUUUAGAAAUAAAGUCUAAAAUAUAUUAAUUAUGAU